AUGUGGAAUGGAGGAUAUGCAAAUUCUCCAUACACAGGUAAUGAUUAUGGUUAUCAACAACAAAGUUCAUAUCAAGCUCCAUCACAAGGACCACCUGUUACAAACGAAGAACCAUUAGAUUGGGAAUUAAUUAAAUCUAUUGAUCCUGCGUUAUUGAAAAACAAUCCCGAUUUAGGUCCAUUACAAAAAUUUAUUUCUGAUUUUAUCGUUGCUGACUUUGAAACAUGUCCAUCUCGAUUGUUAGUACAUCCAUUAUUAAUUCGUAUGUGCCAAAUCACUCAAUUUGCACUCCUUUACAUGUCAGACGUACAAAAACAAUAUAUUCGUAAGAUUGAAGGACUUCAGAAAGACUACAAAGCACAAAACGAUAAAAUGAAAAAGCUGUACCUGUCAUACAAGAAAGCUGACGAGUUACUGAAAAAGAAAUCACAAGAUUUUGAAAGAUGUCCUAUUUGCCGUAAGAAAUACAAAAACAUCGAUUAUCUUGAUCAACAUUUCGUUAAGCAUCAUCCUGUUUACAACAACGCUUGGCUUGAGAUCAGAUCUCUAAAGCCUCAGGCACCACCUCAACCCGUUCAACCACAACAACCGCAAAUUCCGAUUCAACAAACACCAGAAUUCAAACAAUUAAUGCAGUUAUAUACAGAUCUUAAAGAAGAAAUACGUGUUGAGAGGCAAAAUAACGAGAUUGAGAAAGAAAAAUUACAACAAAAACUGAUUGAAGAAAGGGAAAAAAUGCAAAACGAAUUAAAAGUUCAAAACGAAAACAAAGUACAAAAAGAAAUACCACAAAAGAAGAAGAACAAACAGCUCUUUGAAACGUUAUCAUCAGCCGUUGAUGAUUUAAGCCAAUCAUGGAUUGCUUGGGAAGAAAAUUCCAUCAUUGCUCCUUCACCACAGAAACCAAAACAAAACGAAUUUCUUUCUCGUCGUCCUCCGACACCAAUUCCCGACAAUAUCCCACAAGUUUCAUCGCCAAGAUCUCCAUCAAGAAUCAUCAACAAGUCAAGGGAUCACCAGAACGUUGGAAUCCCAUCAAACAGCGAAAUAACUGUGAGAAAAUCUUCUAGAGUUACAAUUUCAAAUAAACCAAUUCCUGCUAAUGAAAAUAAAUUUAAACCAAAAAGUGACACUAAUCAACACAUCACAAAAAGUGACACCAAUCAAAAUGAUCCCAGACGGAAAUUCCAAAAUGACAGUUCUGACGAUGAAAGUGAAUCUGUUUCAUAUUCUGUUAAAGGCAUCUUUUCAAGGAACAGCAAGAAAGAAAUUCCAAAAGCUUAUCCUGCUCCAACUCCUUCGGAAUUUGCAACAGAAUCAUUCGAAUCAUCAAUCGUAAAAGAGAUGAGAAAGAAGAUCCAGCAAAAAGCUGAAGAACAAAAAGAAAAAGAUACUCCAAAAUCCCCAAAGAAACAACAAAAUCAAAUAAACUCACAAAAGAAAGAAGAACAAAACCAAAAUUUAAAUCCAUUCAAUUCACAAAAGAAAGAAGAACAACUUGUUAAUAAGAAACAAAUGAAUACACAGAAUAAAGAUGAAAAGAAACCGCCAUCAAUUAUUGUUGAUGAUAGAAAUAACAAAGGAAAUGAAAAGAAAGAAGAAGAAAAACCACCGGCAAUUAUUGUUGGUGAUAAAACAUCGACACCUCCUGAUAACCAGAAGAAAGACAUAUUCGCGUUAACUCCAAUUCCUGACGAGAUGCAACAAAAUAUACAAAAUGUAAGGAAUCUUUAUGUUCCUAACAAACCUAAGUUUGGAAGAGCCUCAAGAAUGUCAAAACCAUUUUCAAGAAAUGAUGUUGAUGACAGCUCCAGUUCUUCUCCACCUAAGAACCAACAACAGAAACCUUUGAAUCCAUUUAGUGAAACACCAAGACCAACAAACAUUUCACCAAAGAAGAACCAAGAAGAAGAGAAACAAAACACUCCAACAAAGAAACAAGAAAACAACUCACCAAGUCCAUCUUCUCCAAAGAGAAAACAAAAUUCUCCAGUGAAGAAACCACAACAAGAAGAAAUAACAGAAAACAAUUCUUCUCCAAAUAUGAAACCAACUGAAAACAAUUCUCCAAAGAAGAAAUCUCCAGAAGAAAUAAUUCCAAAGGAACAAAACAUUUCUCCAAAGAAGAAACAACCAGAAGAAAUAAUUCCUAAAGAACAAAACAUUUCUCCAAAGAAGAAAUCUCCAGAAAAAAUGACAAAAGAAGAUUCGAAACUUAUGAAGAAAAACAGUUCUUCUGUAAUGAUUCCGGAAGAAGUUCCUUCAUUUUGCACAGAUAAAAGUGACUCAGAAGUUCUUGAUCAAGAUGACGAGAUGAUUUCAUUUAAGUACGAUCUCAAACAAUCACCUCCAAGACAACCACAAAAGCCACCACCAGUUUUGAAUGAUACUUUAGUCGAAGAGAAGAAGCCAGUUGAAAUUUACAUGGAUGGAAACAAGCAACAAAUUGAAGAAGAAGAGGAAGAAGAAGAUUGGCCAUUCGAACUUGAAAAUAGUAAUCCUUCAAAGCCAUCAAAGCCAAUACAAAUAUCAGAACCAAUGCAAAAAGAAAAAGUUCAGCCAAAAGAAGAGGAAAAAGAAGAAAUUCACGAAGAAAAAAUCAAAGAUAAAAAGAAUGAUACACUUUUAGGAGAUGAAAGUGAUAAUUCUGAAGAAAGUGAAGUGACCAUUGAAGAACUUAUAUCAAGAGCCAAAGAAAUCAUUGAUAAAAACGAAGAAGAAGUCAAGGAAGAACAAAUACAAGCAACAUCAAGAUCAAUACAAAGAACAAUUCAAUUGAAAUCAUCUGUUUUCCUUGAAAAUGACGAACAGAAAGAAGAAAUUAGGAACUUAUUAAGGAUAGAAAUCUCAAGCGAUGUUGAAGAAUAUGAUAAUUUAAUUGGUGCACUCAGAAACGAAAUAGAAAACGAAUUUCCAUUCGAAAAUAAAGAUACACCAAAUGAAGAAAAAGUUGAAGAAAAGAAACCAAUUAAUGAAGAAGAAAAAGUUCAAGAAAACAUUAUUGAAAAACCUGAAAAAAAGAAGAAGGGAAUUAACGAAGAAGAAUUCAGGAAACCCGUGAAAGUUAAAGAAAUUCCGAAACCUUUCGUCCCUCCAAAUAAUUUCACUCGUCCUCCUGAUACAAACUAUCAACCACAAAAACCAUCAACGUCACAAGAACCUCCUAAACCAAAAGAACCAGAAAAACCAACAAUUUCUGUUCCUAAACAAAAUAGUUAUCAACAGCAACCAACUGUUUCUACUCCUAAACAAAACAAUAAUCAACAGCAACCAACUAUUUCAACUCCUAAACAAAAUGAAGCUCAAAAGCCUCCUGUCACUUCAUCUGGCCAAAAAGAAACAGUUUCAAAGCCAGGAAUCCUUAAUAUGGAAAUUCCUAAACAAGGACUCGAUGCAUUAUUAAAGAAUGAUGAUCAGAAAAUCGAAUCAAAUGUUUUUGAGUUUGAAACUGAUGAAGAUACAGCUGGAGAUGACAUUGCUGUGUCAAGGAAACAAGUUUUCGAACCAGUGAAAGAAAACAAAGAAGAAGAAAAACAAGUAAAUGAAGAUGACGAUGAAUAUUAUUAUAUUUACGAAGAAGAAGCUCCUGAACCAGAAACUAAAAUCGAGAAAGUUAAAAUCUCUGAAUAUUCACCACCAAAACAAAGAGAAAUCAUUGAUGAAGAUGAUGAAAAGCCUCAAUUAACAAAGGUAGAAAUAAAUGAUGAUAAAAAAACACCUGAAUUAGAUUUGGAGUACGAAUAUGUAUAUGAGGAAGAAGAAGAACCAGAAGUUCCACCUCCGCCUCCUCAAAAGGCAACAAAGAAACUUGUUCCAACAUUUUACGAAGAACCUGAAUUUGAAGACGGAGAAUUAACUUUCUCUUUGACGGAUCACAAGAAGCCUGAUCUCAAUACAAGCUCAUCAAAUAAGAAGAAGGGUUUGAUGAGCUCAGGAAAUUGGGAUUAA